UCUCAAACAUGGAUUUUUUCAAAAAUUUGGCAGACUCUUUUGUAAAAGAAGUGGUCGAUCCAACGGUAUCUUUUGCAGAAGAUUCUGCAAGAACUGUUGUAAGAGAAGUGGUAGAUCCAACAGUGGCUUUUGUAGAAGAUUCUGCAAGAACCGUUGUAAGAGAAGUGAUAGAUCCGGCCGUAGCGGUCAUCGAAACCCAGUUCCAGCGGCCACGAGACGUCACUGAGCAAGAAAAAAUCCUAGACAAUCUCCUCGCAUCCAACGGUUCACGUUUCCCUGGCGACGACUACCAUUCCCCCGACCGGAAAAACUGGAUGGCCCAUCUCUCCGUAGAGAAACUGACUCUUAACAAGAUCGUAUGGCCAGGGACGCACGACUCAGCCACGAACGGAAUCGGGAUAGACGUGGUAACUCGUCCCUUGGGUGAGUGCCAAACGCUCUCCAUCUACGAGCAGCUAGUUCGUGGAACACGACUCCUCGACGUCCGUGUACAAGAGGAUCGCCAUAUCUGCCACGGGAUCUUGGCGUCAUACAACGUAGACUUCGUCAUCGACGACGUCAUCAGAUUCUUGUCGGAGACUCACUCGGAGAUCAUUAUCCUAGAGAUAAGGACGGAGUACGGACACAAAGACCCUCCGGAGUUUGAAAGUUACUUGACUAACAAGUUAGGUCAAUUCUUGAUACAUCAAGACGAUAACUUGUUCAACAAGUCACUAUCCGAGAUCUUGCCGAAAAGGGUUAUUUGCAUCUGGAAACCUAGAGAGUCCCCAAGGCCGAGCCGCGGUGGACUUCUCUGGAACUCUGACUAUCUAAAAGAUAACUGGAUCGAUACGGAUCUUCCAUGGACGAAGUUUCAAAGCAAUAUGAACCAUUUGAAAGACCAACCAUCGUUAUCUUCUAGAAGAUUCUUUUACCGGGUUGAGAAUACACUUACGCCACAAGCAGAUAACGUGGUUGUGUGGGUCAGACCCGUGACUGAUCGUAUCCGAAGGUGCGCAAGGCUCUUCAUCUCUAGGUGUAUAGCCGAGGGAUGUAUAGAUAAGUUGCAGAUUUUUUCGACGGACUUUAUCGAUGAGGAUUUCUUUGAUGCCUGCGUUGGGCUUACAUACGCUAGAAUCAAUGGAAGAAUUUGA